AAGUAUUAAUUUUAUUUCAAUAAUACAUCUGUAAUACAUAAUAUAAUAUCGGUUAGAAUUAAAAGUAGUAUGUAGGACUUUCCGGUAAUGCUCUAUCUUCUCAUGUCAUUAAGGUUCUAAAUUUUAGGAAUUACCUAGGCACUUAGUGUGCUCAUCGUUAUCACAUAUUGCUAACAUAUUAGUUUGUAUAUAAAGCAUAAUUUUCAGGGUCUUUAAGUCAUGCCUAUGGGAGAAAGCAAAUACAAUUUCUCAAAUUAACGAAAUUUUCAAUUAAAAAAAUCGGAGAACUAUAAACAUACACACCUUCAUAUACAGCUGCUCUUAAAUAAGUCAAAUAAAGGUAGAUAUAACGAAUUGAAAUAUUCUAGUUCCGGAAGUGUGUUCAUAGGAGUAUAAGUACCUAUAUCGCUAGGUGUGCACUGCGGUAUGAAAUCCCAUAAAUAAUGGAUAAUUAACGUAAAUUGUCAUUUCUUGCUUUUAAUGGUUUGAUGGUUAAAUGGUGACAGUGAUAAUUCAGAUUUCAAUAAAGUUCGAAUAGAAAUACAACAAUAAACAUAUAAACAGGUUUUUUCAUGAUUUUGACAUACGUAUUAACAGAAGCCGGAAGUAAAAGUCAACAAAUGGGCUUUAACGUGUACCGGUUUAAAAAGCAUUAAUUGUUAAAUAUAAUUAUCUAAAAGAUUUUCUGUUUUUGGAAUUCAUGGUCAUAUGUAUGUAUGAAUGUACGUAUGCAUGUAUGCGCAAACGCCAAUUACAAAACCAUUUCGCUGCGUAGGUGGUUAUUGCCCAAUUGAUUUGAGCCAAAAAUCGCAACUAUACAUAAAUAGUGUUUAAAUUUCGCAAAUCAGCAUCAGAUACAGACAUUCGUCGUAAAGCAAUCAAGAAUCUAAACAAAUUUAAAAAUGAAAUUCCUCAUCUGCUUAGCUCUCCUUUUCGCCGUCGCCCAAGCUAACCCCGGCAUCGUGGCACCUUUGACUUACUCAGCUGUACCCACAGUAGCCACCUACGCCGCCUCUCCCUAUGCCUACAGCGCUUAUGCCGCACCUGCCGUUUCCACCUAUUCACACGCCGCUUACUCUGCCCCAGCUGUGGCCACUUACUCGCAAGUUGCUGCUCCUGCUGUGUACAGUGCACCAUUCGCCCGUUUUGCCGCAGUCGCUCCUGCUGCCUACUCUGCUCCAGUCAUCUCCACACUCCUGAAGAAAUAAGUUUUAUUGGAAACAAAAUAAAAAUAUUUGUGCAAUAGUUGAAGGAUCUGUAUACAAGUAUAUGUGUAAAAUUAAUAAAGGCUUUGUUGGAAAUGAGC